AGAAAACCCUGUGAAUAAAUAAUACUAAUUUUUGAAGCCAGUUAUGUUCUUGUCACAACACCACAGUAUCAAGGAAGGAGUAGAAAGACGUCCGAAGACUUGUGUCAAUUUUCAGUCUUCGUCUCCGUCUAAGUGUUUCGUGUGAUAUUUAGAGACGGAGAGAUCCAUCCGGAUUCGCACGAUAUACUGUUUAUGUAUUAAUUCUUGUUCUUGAUUAUCUUCGUUUGUUUUGAUUAGAAGCCAAGACAUGUAUAAGUUGCUCCUUUUCCCCAAGUUUUGAGUCUUAAUUGGUGCAUCAGAUUCGUUUAGGAUUUAGAUUCAUAAUUCGUAUAUACGUGAGAGAGAGUGUAAUGGCCAGGAGCAGCAGAUCUCUGUCCACAAAUAGAUGGAGGUAUAUAAAUCCAGCUUACUACUUGAAGCGACCUAAGCGCCUUGCAUUUCUCUUUAUAGUCUUCGUCUGUCUCUCUUUCCUCAUCUGGGAUCGACAAACUCUUGUGCGAGAGCACGAGGUAGAAGUUGCCCGACUGAAUGGAAUAGUGCUAAAAUUACAAAAUCUGUUGGAAGAGUCAAAGAAUGUUAAAGAUGCUCUAGGUGAAAAGAGUAAGAUUGGUGGAGAAGAUACCGAUGCAAGUAAAAAGAUAGGCAUUGAAGAUGACCCUGUUAGUGUCCAGCGAAGAGAGAAAGUAAAAGGUGCCAUGCUUCAUGCAUGGACAUCAUAUGAGAAAUAUGCAUGGGGUAAAGAUGAGCUUCAGCCGCAAUCAAAGAACGGUGUUGAUAGCUUUGGUGGUCUCGGUGCAACUCUCAUAGACUCUCUUGACACUUUAUAUAUAAUGGGUCUAGAUGAACAGUUUCAAAGGGCUAGAGAGUGGGUUGCAAACUCUUUGGAUUUCAACAAGAAUUAUGAUGCUAGUGUUUUCGAGACAACCAUAAGAGUUGUUGGAGGACUUUUAAGUUCAUUUGAUCUCUCCGGGGAUAAAAUCUUCCUCGAAAAGGCUACAGACAUUGCUAACAGACUCCUGCCAGCAUGGGAUACCACUUCAGGCAUCCCCUUUAACAUUAUUAACUUGGCUCAUGGAAACGCACACAAUCCUAGUUGGACUGGGGGAGACAGUAUUCUGGCAGAUUCCGGCACAGAGCAGCUGGAAUUCAUUGCUCUAUCUCAGAGGACAGGAGAUCCAAAGUAUCAACAGAAGGCAGAGAAUGUUAUUUUACAAUUAAAUAAGACCUUUCCCUCUGAUGGUUUGCUGCCAAUAUAUAUUAAUCCACAUAAAGGAACGACAUCCUACUCAACUAUAACUUUCGGGGCCAUGGGAGACAGCUUCUAUGAGUAUUUACUUAAAGUUUGGAUACAGGGAAACAGAACUGCUGCUGUAAAGCAUUAUAGGGAAAUGUGGGAGACGUCAAUGACGGGACUACUGAGCUUGGUGAGGAGAACUACACCAUCAUCUUUUGCAUAUAUUGCAGAGAAGAUGGGAAAUUCUCUUACUGACAAGAUGGAUGAAUUAGCAUGUUUUGCUCCAGGAAUGAUAGCAUUAGGGUCGUCUGGUUAUGAUCGUGACAACUCCCAGAAAUUCCUUUCACUGGCAGAAGAGCUAGCUUGGACUUGCUAUAACUUUUACCAGUCAACACCAACAAAAUUGGCUGGAGAGAAUUAUUUUUUUCAUGCAGGGCAGGAUAUGAGCGUCGGUACAUCGUGGAACAUAUUGAGACCGGAGACCGUGGAAUCCCUCUUUUACCUUUGGCGUUUAACCGGAAACAAGACAUACCAAGAGUGGGGUUGGAAUAUUUUUGAAGCAUUUGAAAAGAACUCACGCAUUGAGUCGGGAUAUGUUGGAUUGAAGGAUGUUAAUACCGGUGUGAAAGACAAUAUGAUGCAGAGCUUCUUUCUUGCGGAGACACUCAAAUAUCUAUAUCUACUGUUUUCACCCACUUCAGUUAUUUCCUUGGAUGAGUGGGUUUUCAACACAGAAGCCCAUCCCCUGAGAAUUGUCACACGUCAUGGUCAAGGAGUUAUCAAUGAAGUAUUAGAUGAGCAACACAAACCGAAGUUGCAUGCAAGGAAACAAGGUCGAUUUGGUCAUCUAUAAAUAAUUAGUUGGUGUCUUUGUUUUAUAAAGAUGGUUGCCCAUUUCUGCUGGCCUGUUUGCACCAGAGGCUUGCGGCGAUGAAGUAGGUGACCACCUGUACUGCGGUCGGCAAGCAUACAAGGAUUAAGCCCAUGAAGUUAAUGUAACAUAGAAUGUAUAAUAUCCUAUCUACUAAUUUCUGUUUUGGACAGGAAUAUUUCCAUAUAAACACUUACCAUAUAUUCAUGAUUUGAGAUGUUUUUAAAGUAUAAUAUACUAGAAGGUCGGUAAUUUUUACGUGAUCAAUAUUUUAGCGAA